GGCAUUGCUGUCAUUACAUGAAGAAUCUACGUCAAGCUAAUAUCCGACUAUAAGUACCAUUCGCCCAACGCAAUCUUUGAAAUGCCGUCUACGCAACAGUUUCUACUCAGUGGCCGUCUUCGUUUCUGCAUUUUCCCAGAAAAGCACGUUUACCGGUGGAGAAGCUUGAGAAAGUUUGGAAUGGCGCCUCCGAUUCUCUCGCUGGUUUUGCCUUCAGAGACUGGUCGAGUUUUGAGCAUUCAGUCACACACUGUUCAGGGAUAUGUUGGAAAUAAAUCAGCUGUAUUUCCUCUCCAACUACUAGGCUAUGAUGUGGAUCCAGUCAAUUCUGUACAAUUUUCAAACCACACAGGAUACCCAACUUUCAAAGGCCAAGUUUUAAAUGGACAGCAACUAUGGGAAUUAGUAGAAGGCCUUGAGGCAAAUGACUUAUUAUACUACACUCAUUUGUUAACAGGGUAUAUAGGUUCAGUAUCCUUUUUAAACACCAUAUUGAAAGUUGUUGAGAGGCUGCGUUCUGUAAAUCCAAAACUUAUAUACGUUUGUGAUCCAGUGAUGGGUGAUGAAGGGAAGCUUUAUGUACCUCCGGAGCUGGUAUUAGUAUAUCGUGAGAAGGUUGUUCCAGUGGCUUCAAUGUUGACUCCUAACCAGUUUGAAGCGGAGCAUUUGACUGGGUUGAGAAUUGUUUCCGAAACAGAUGGCAGGGAAGCGUGUAAGAUUCUUCAUGCUGCUGGACCUCCAAAGGUUGUGAUUACAAGCAUUAAUAUAGAUGGCAAUCUUCUUCUCAUUGGCAGCCACCAGAAGGAAAAGGGCCAGUCUCCUGAGCAAUUCAAGAUUUUGAUGCCCAAAAUUCCUGCUUAUUUCACAGGGACAGGGGAUCUAAUGACUGCUCUCCUACUUGGAUGGAGUAAUAAAUAUCCUGAUAACCUCGGCCAGGCAGCAGAGCUUGCGGUAUCAAGCUUGCAGGCAGUACUCCGAAGGACAGUGAAUGACUAUUUAAGUGCAGGAUUUGAUCCCGAAACAAGUAGUUUGGAGAUCCGAUUAAUUCAGAGCCAGGAUGACAUUCGCAAUCCGCAAGUGAAAUUUAAAGCUGAAAAAUACAACUGAAGGGUGAUGUUUUUUUAGAAUAACAGUGGUAAUAACUAUAGAUGUCCUUGUAUAAUUUAAAACUAACACAGAUGGUCAUGCAAAAAUAAUUAUAUUUUCUUGUUUUCA